AUGCAAAUCCAGAGGGUUUGAAGUCUUGGCUGACGUCAGGAAGGCCUUGUUAUACGUACAUCAGUGACCACCACCUUGUCAACAGAGUCACAACAUGUUUGAUUGAAGCACGUCAAGGACUACAUCGCAUGACCAGCUUGGAAAUCUUUUUGUUUCUGGACUACCACAUUUCAGAAGAAACCUCUAAUUCUGGCCCUCUAAUUCACUUGAAGCCAUAUCUAGCAUGAUGCAUUGCUAGUAUGUCGUCUUAAAAACAGGUUUUGGGUCCUUUUUUUUCUUGUGAAUCAUGUAUGUUGGAUACCUUUUGGAUAAAGGCGAAGGAAACAUGUAUCACCACCAAGGACCUGUACGGCGAUCUGGUAUCAACCUCCCGCCACAGAAUUUCGUCUCCACGCCACAGUACUCUGAUUUUGGUGGAUACCAUCAUAUGGCCAGCAUGGACACACACUCUCAGGCCGCAGGACCGUGGGCCGCUCCGUACGGAGGUCCGAGGGAGGACUGGGGCGCCUACAGCCUUCCGCCUCCCAAUACUAUAGCAACUCCCAUGAGCAACUCAUCACCGGGACAAGUCUCCUAUUGCUCGCCUGAUUACAACUCUAUGCAUAACCCGGGGUCGGCUGUGCUGCCCCCGCCACCCGACAACAUUCCCGUGGCCCAAAUGUCCCCGGAUAAAGAACGGCGCAACUCUUACCAGUGGAUGAGCAAAACAGUCCAGUCCUCUUCAACCGGAAAAACGAGAACAAAGGAGAAAUAUCGAGUGGUCUACACGGAUCACCAGCGGUUGGAGCUGGAGAAGGAGUUUCACUUUAAUCGUUAUAUUACCAUAAGAAGAAAAUCGGAGCUGGCGGUGAAUCUGGGCCUCUCAGAGAGACAGGUAAAAAUUUGGUUUCAGAACCGCCGUGCUAAGGAGAGGAAGCUGAUUAAGAAGAAGCUGGGCCAGUCAGACGGCAGCAGCGGCUCUGUGCACAGUGACCCGGGCUCGGUCAGUCCUCUGCCCGUCCCCGGCUCGCUCAGUCCCUCGGAUGUGCACGGCUCCGUUUACCCGCCUCCAGGAUUGAACGCCUUACCGUCCAUAAGAAACAUUCAGCAAGUUACGGUCACCCAGUAAACUCGAACUUGGAGCAUCUUACUCCAAAACAUCUGACUUAAAACUGAGCACUCCGACCCGCUGCAAGGACACGACACACAGCGCUCAACGGGAUUCACGCGCUCCAGACCACACGCCCCGGAGCGCGAGCUCGUGGAUUAUAGGAACAGAGGAAUGGAGGUUUUAUUGCAACCAAAGGCUGGAGGCUCUUCAAAUAUUGUUUUAAUAGAAUAGUUUUUUUAAAAUUAAGGAAAAAAAAACGCACGACAAAAAUGUUCGUCUGGUACAAAAAAGCUAAAUAUUCUAUAGUUUUGUUUGUGUUUGAUCGAUUAAGAUAUAAAUAUCAUUUUCUGUAUGUGGUGAGUGUAUGAGUUUUUGUAAAUAAAGUAUCUCAGGUAGAGGCCUACAGUGUUUCUACAGACGUAUGCUGAUCUUCAAACUGUAGGCCUAUUUUCAGUAUUUUCACAUGCGUGGACGAGUUCUGCUACUUUUCAGCGUUUCUUUACAUCAGCACCUUUCCGUUCACAUGCGUGAAUGCAGAUUUCGGAUUUAUGGGUAGAACGUUUGAGUGUAAAUAACGUUCCAAAUGUAAAUAAACGUUUUGAAAAACA